AUGACAGAAGUCAGGCAUGGAAGGGAAAGGAAGAGAGAAAAGGAUGAUGAAAGCCGUGAAAAGUCGAGUACAAGAAGGGAAGAGAGGAAUAGGGAUUCUGAAAGAGACGACAGGAGCAGGAUAAACGUAAGAGAAGAUGAGAAUGAUAAAAAUGGACAUGAAGCGAGGAAGGAUGAUAGUGAUAGAGGAAAAUUACGCCCUGAGGAUUCGGAUAGGGAGGGCAGCCGAAGGAACAGGGAAUACCGCGAUGAUAGUAGGAUCCGGCAAAAGGAAAAGUAUAGAAGCCGGAAAAGUGACCUAGCCCGUGAAACUGAAGAAGGUGAAGGGGAAUACAGAAGACGGGAGGAUCGUCGUAGCAGGUAUAAUGAUAUGGAAGAUGACAGGAAUGAUCGUCGUAGCAGGUAUAAUGAUAGGGAAGAUGAUAGGAAUGAUAGGGAAGAUGACAGGGAAGAGAGGAAAAGGGACAGAAACCGAGAAAGAGGUAAAAGAAGAAGUGAGAAGGAUGAGAGUAAGAAUGGGUCAGGUAAGAAAGGAGAGGAGAGUGAAAAUAAUGUGCCAGUUGAUGCAAUAGCCAAUAUGGGGAGAAGUGGUGGAGUCUACAUUCCGCCUUUCAAGCUGGCAAGAAUGAUGGGGGAUAUCCAGGACAAAAGUAGCCUCGAUUAUCAGAGGAUGACAUGGGAUGCAUUGAAGAAGAGUAUUAACGGGCUUGUGAACAAAGUGAACGCCACUAAUCUAAAGAAUAUAAUUCCUGAGCUUUUUGCUGAGAAUCUGAUUCGUGGGAGGGGUCUGUUCUGUCAGUCGUGCAUGAAGUCCCAGUUGGCUUCUCCGGGUUUCACAGACGUGUUUGCAGCCUUGGUUGCUGUGGUGAACACUAAGUUCCCAGAGGUUGGUGAUCUUUUGCUGCGGAGGAUAAUUGAGCAACUCCAGAAGUCGUACAAGCGUAAUGAUAAGCCGAGAUUACUUGCUGUGGUCAAAUUUAUUGCACACCUGGUGAACCAGCAGGUGGUGCACGAGCUUAUUGCCCUUGAGCUACUGACAUUGCUGCUGGAAAAGCCGACUGAUGAUAGUGUUGAGGUUGCUGUGGGUUUUGUGACCGAAUGUGGGUCCUUGCUUCAAGAUCUCUCUCCUCGAGGAUUGCAUGGUAUCUUUGAGCGGUUCCGUGGAAUUCUUCAUGAAGGAGAAAUCGAUAAGCGCGUUCAGUUCUUAAUCGAAGGGCUCUUUGCAUUGAGGAAAGCGAAGUUUCAGGGUUAUCCAGCUGUCCGCCCUGAACUCGAUUUAGUCGAACAGGAAGACCAAUUGACUCACGAAGUGUCGCUUCUGGACGAGAUUGAUUCAGAGACCUCAUUAAGUAUGUAUCUUUUGCCUCACUUUGUCUUCUCCGCUCACUUUCAUCUCUUCAAGCCCGAUCCUCACUUCUUGGAGAAUGAAAAACGGUAUGAAGAGCUGAAGAAGCAGAUUCUAGGUGAAGAAUCUGAGGACAAUGCUGAAUCAGAUAAUGAUGCUGAUUCGGAUGAUGAAGAUGAUGAAGAGUCUGAGGAAGAGGAUGAGGAACAGAUGAAGAUAAAGGAUGAGACAGAGACGAAUUUGAUCAAUCUCCGAAGAACUAUCUACUUGACUAUUAUGUCUAGUGUUGAUUUUGAAGAGGCUGGGCACAAGUUAUUGAAAAUCAAGCUGGAGCCUGGCCAGGAGAUGGAAUUGUGCAUUAUGCUUUUGGAGUGUUGCAGCCAGGAGAGAACCUACCUCCGAUACUAUGGACUCCUGGGGCAACGGUUCUGUAUGAUAAACAAGGUUCAUCAGGAGAACUUCGAGAAAAGCUUUGUUCAGCAGUACUCUAUGAUUCAUCGACUGGAGACCAAUAAACUUCGGAAUGUUGCAAAAUUCUUUGCUCAUUUACUUGGCACAGAUGCAUUGCCUUGGCACGUCUUAGCCUAUAUAAGGCUGACCGAAGAGGACACGACUUCUUCUUCCCGUAUUUUCAUUAAGAUUCUCUUCCAGGAAUUAUCCGAGCACCUUGGGAUCCGCUUGCUGAACGAGCGCCUGAAUGACCCAGCUAUGCAAGACUCAUUCGAGUCCAUCUUCCCCAAGGAUACCCCUAAGAACACGAGAUUCGCAAUUAAUUUUUUCACAUCCAUAGGGCUUGGUGGGAUCACGGAGAACAUGCGAGAGUAUCUAAAGAACAUGCCGCGCCUCAUAAUGCAACAGAAUAGGGACGUGCCAGAGCAGGAUUCAGAUUCUGAUAGUGAUGGUUCGGAUUCAGAUAAAUCAGGAUCUGGGUCAGGGUCGUCUAGCUCCGGGUCAAGUGAGAGUGAAAGCGAGACUGAUAGUGAAGAUCGGCGUAAAAGGAAGAAGAGGAGAAACUAAAGGCGAAUUACGAUAGUCUUGAUACAUGUUUUGCUCUUUAUUGUUUUUGUUGUGAUAUUACUGGAAGAGUAGUAACUGAGGUAAUCAUGUUCUUUGUUAUGCUGGAACUUGACGAAUACUGCACCCCCUGAGAUAUUGGCUUUGCUUGAUCAAGAGUUGUGUUAAAUAUAUAUGUGUGUUUUAUGUGUGUUUCAAAUAACUGGAGAGAAGUUGACGUAACUUGGAAAAGAAAAUGUAC